GGGCCGUCGGGCUUGAGGCUGUGCCGCGGCGUGGGAAAGCGCCUCAGAGAGGGUUUGCUCUGCUGGCGGCGCCGAGUCGUGGUGUUCCGAGCUGUACCGUGCCCGGAGCACCCCCACCCCCUACCCCGGAUUUAUUUAUCUUUGCGCCGUGCACACGAUGAAGCGACCUUGCGAGGAAACUACCUCAGACAGCGAUAUGGAUGAGACUAUAGACGUGGGUAGCGAGAACAAUUACUCGGGGCAAAGUAAUAGUUCUGUCAUUCGAUCAAAUUCCCCAACAACAACAUCUCAGAUCAUGGCCAGAAAGAAAAGAAGAGGGAUUAUAGAGAAAAGGCGCCGUGAUCGUAUAAAUAACAGUUUAUCAGAGCUGAGGCGGCUUGUGCCAACUGCUUUUGAAAAACAAGGAUCUGCCAAAUUAGAAAAAGCGGAAAUACUGCAAAUGACAGUGGAUCAUCUGAAGAUGCUGCAGGCAACAGGAGGGAAAGGUUAUUUUGACGCCCAUUCCCUGGCCAUGGAUUUCAUGAGCAUCGGCUUCCGGGAGUGCUUGACAGAAGUCGCGAGGUACCUGACUUCGGUGGAAGGUCUCGACACAUCCGACCCGCUGCGCGUUAGACUCGUGUCCCACCUGAGCACCUGCGCCUCUCAGAGGGAAGCUGCUGCCAUGACCUCCUCCAUGGUCCACCACCACCACCACCCCUUGCACCCUCACCACUGGGCAGCCGCCUUCCACCACCUGCCGGCCGCUCUGCUGCAGCCGAAUGGACUCCACGCCUCCGACGCCGCCCCUUGCAGACUCUCCUCGGACGUGCCCCCUCACGGCUCCGCCCUGCUCACGGCCACCUUCGCCCACGCCGAUGCCGCCCUCAGAGUCCCCUCGGCUGGCAGCAUCGCUCCCUGUGUCCCUCCUCUCUCUACCUCCCUCUUGUCCCUGUCGGCCACUGUUCACGCCGCGGCAGCAGCGGCCACAGCUGCAGCCCAGAGCUUCCCCCUCUCCUUCACCGGCACCUUCCCCAUGCUCCCCCCCAGCGCGGCCGCCGCCGCCGUGGCCGCGGCCACCGCCAUCACCCCUCCGCUGGCCGUGUCAGCCACUGCCAGCCCUCAGCAGGCUGGCACCGGCGGCGGCACGAAACCCUACCGACCCUGGGGGACUGAAGUUGGAGCCUUUUAAGUCCCCCCCUGCCCUGGCCACACACACCUCUUCCCACUGCAGCUCCCUCCUCUCCCUGUCAGCACACGUGCAUGUGCUCACACCCACGAGCCCGCCAUCCCCGCACCCAGCCCCAGCCUCGGCACUCGCCGUGACCUCCCUGCUCCGCCCUCACCCGAAGGGCCUGAGCGGUGCCGGCCAGCCCAGCGAGGAACGGCGCUAUUAUCCAUCCUCACUGCCGGUGUCCGACAUGGGGAGGCACCUUGUUCUUCUCCGUUUUGUCUUGCUGGAGGCACCCUGAGGGAACAGCAAUGGCUUUCAUAUCAGUGUGACCAUAUCGGCAUGUAGAGGUUCCCUGCAACAUACGUAGAAAUACGUAGACAUUAGAACUAAUAGUUCUCCAGCUAUGCAUCCUUGUUUGGCAGAGGGGUGAGGGAUUGCAUCUACCAAGUCUCCCCAGGCUAGAAAAGGAGUUCCAGUUCCAUAAGUGCCUGACAUUGAAAAAAUAAUAAAUAAAUAUAUAUAUGUGUGUGUGUGUUCUGCUAAAACAAAUAACAUUGCACAGGUAUGGAUAUGGUAUGGGAGAGAGGUGAAAUUCUGCGUUCAGCUCCAGAACUAGGAUACUUUUCCGGGGCAGAUCAUGCUCUUGAAGGAGAGAGGUUUUUUUAGCCAAAAGAUUGCCGAGGAAGAAUGUUUAGUUUGACAGGCCUAGUUCUCGCUUAGUUCACUUUCUUUGUACAGACUUGCCAGAUUGUGACGUCUAGCAUAGCAUUGGCAAAAGCAAUUAUCUUAUCAGUGCUGGGAUUAAUGAAUGUUUCAGCAUUGCCUGUGAGCCCUGAGGCACCCAUUUUUAUGGCUUAAACUUGGUGCUAGCUUCUAUCUGCACAAACAGUGAAUUUGUCAUGCACCCAGAAGUAGCCACAUAUUGAAAGUGUGCACACUUGGAUGGAGUUGAUUCAUACCAAUACAAGAGAUUCAGUGUUGUAAGAGUUCAACUUAACUUAUUUAGCUGUAUUUGGACAUUCACUGUCCAAAGCCAAUUCAGUGCAAAAUCCCUCUUCUUUUCACUAUCAACUUCUGGGAGAAUGAUCACUCUGGGUAUGAAUGAAGUUAUGGUAGGGACGACUUUUAAAUUGGCUAUUAACAUGCCAACAUUGUAAUGUGGGUUUGAUUCCAAACCAAAAUGAAUGUAUUAAUGGGAUGUGAGUAAAUUAUUUUGUCAAUACCCAGAUAACUAGUGCUGCAUAAAAUGGUUUGCUUUCAUUUUUUAUUACAGUGACUUAAAAUAACCUAAGUAUUUUAAUACAACCGGUCAAGAACUAGAGAUUUUAUGUAAAAAAAAAAAGAAAAUAAAAAUAAAACACAGCAUGUAUUAUUAUGCACUUGAUUUCUCUGCUGUGUGGAGAAAGCAAUAAGCAUUGAAAAUGUUAAACAUUAUGCAAAAUAUACUUUAAAAUAUUUGUUUUAAAAAUACUGUACCUAGUCGGUCUUUUAUGCAUUACUUUGUUAACCUUUUUUCUAUGCAAAAGUCUUUACAUAUCACUAAUUAAAUGAAGUCCUUUUUGACUGCGUUUUAUGGAUGAUCUGUUGCAGUAUUUGUUUGCUUUUGAAGAAUACUUGUGGACUCAGAGUUGUUUUCUGCCCCUGAUAACAAGCCUGUUGGCUGCUCUGUACUCUUCUGCUCCCCUUGCUCAGCCAGGAAACCCACCUUCUCCAGCGUGCUCUGGAAUAGGCAGGGAAAAACAGCAAAGCAGCAUUGGUUUUCACUGGCUCUGCAUUGAUGGUAUGCUUAAUGAUGCAAGCAUAUCUGUUCGUCCUGGAGAGCCCCAAAAAUCAUUGAGGUUUUUAGGUUCAGCUUUCCAUAGGGUUUAGAAGGUGAAAGUGUUAACCCAAUGACAUAAUAAAAAAAUCCAUAAAUAUA